AAUAUAUCGAAGGACAAGUCAACGGAAGAGGUAGUAGGAGGAACGAAGUGCUGUUUGGAAAAUGCCUCAUAGUUUUCUAACUUAAUAUUUUAAGUUCUUUUAGGUACAUUUUGACAAAUACGUCGCGUCGCCUGUACUUACCUGCGUUCUCAGGUAGAUAUAUCUGGUGUCUGGGUGGUUUUCACAAGGCAUGCACUAGCUGUUUCAUAAAUCAAACGACUACUGGACAAACUAUCAUGGUGGAAAACUCUCCCUCUCCUCUUCCUGAAAGAGCCAUUUAUGGAUUUGUUCUCUUUCUCGGCUCACAGUUUGGCUUCUUUCUGUACUGCCUGUGGGCUUUUAUACCUGAGGAGUGGCUUCAUUCAGUAGGACUCACUUACUGGCCUCAGAAAUAUUGGGCUCUUGCUGUUCCGAUCUAUCUGCUGGUUGCAUUGAUGAUCUCUCAGGUUUUGCUCUUUGGAAUAAAUAUGUACAACACAGCUCCACUCGACUCUGUGGACAAUGUCACAGAUGUGUACGCUCAAGGACAGAGGGCAGAAGACUGCCGCAAAGAAGGAAUACCCAGACUGAAAGAUGUUUCCAUUAGUGAAGUCAACCAAAUAUUUUAUUUAUCACCCAAGCUAUAACAAACUGACACUGACUACAGGUUAAGUUGCUGGAGAUUUAAAGUACUUCACUUUUACUUUUUGUUUAUAUUUGUGUAGUAUUUAUUUAUUCUAGACCAGUGUAUCAUGGGGCAAAGACGCACUGGAUGAACUGGCUUUUUCUGUGCUUGACAGAUUUGCAUCCUGCUAUGACACUAAAAAGAUGGCUUAUGAAUAUAUUCAACAAAUUACAAAUAUUUUUUUGACUUUGGUUCUCUUUUAACUCUUUGGGUGUCAUACCUUUUUAUGAAAUAAACAAGGUACAUAUAUUUUUUAA